AUGGCUGCCAUGAUACCCACAGCUCCAUUGCGCGUGCGCGCGGCUGCUACCGUUAUCUGCAUUCGCUCGAAAGAGGGAAUCAACGCAGCGAUUAGCCUGGAGGAAGCCACGCGCAACGAAGCCCCCGUGGCGGAGUUGGGAAGCGACGCCUCGGCGCGGAUCCAGAUUUUGUUCGGCGAGAAACGACGGGCGUUUUUCCACUCCAACUGGGAAGUGCUCAUGGGUCAGGGCGAAGUGCAAAACUGGAUGCGAAGUCGACCGGACAAAGAGGUGCCGAUGCGCUACCCGGGUGAGUGGAAGUUCGCCGGCGGCGUGGUAGACGCCGACGAGACUCCGCUCCAAGCGGCGAUGCGCGAAUUGGAGGAGGAGUUUCAGGUGCCAACAGCACUCACUGAGGCUACCUGCAGACUUCGAUUGCUCAGCGUGAAGCAGACAAGGCCAAUUCGGAAUGUCUCCAACAUCAUGUUCAACUAUGUGGCUGCUGCGGAUGAAAAUCCUUGGUUGCAACAACUUGACUUGGAGGAGGUGAACUCCACUCUGGCCAAGCGAAGGCAGAGCUUUGCUGAGGCCUUGCAAGGAGGCAACUUCUACACACUGGGCAAAGAGCAGCAAGAAAGCCUGGCUCCAGAAAUUCAUGAGAUUGCAGUUGCACAGAAUCAAAGUUUGGAGUUGCGAGUCGCGAAGGCUUUGGGUAGCAAGGGCUACCAGAAAGUUCGAGUGUCUGUGAUUGCUGGCAGCCAAGAUGAUGCAGCGGAUUUCCCAUUUUCUUACAGGGAGGCCUUCAAGUACCGCUGGACCCGGAAUUUUCUCCUCAGCUCUUUGGUCGAGCUGAAGCCUGGUGCGAAUGUCUUGCAGAUCCAGGGACAGCAGGUGGUGAUCGAUCUCCCACCUGAGGAUCGUGGCAUUCGUGGCGUUUUCUGGGCUGAUCCCUGCUUCUCCAGUCGCUACGUGGUCUGUACCUUUGGCAAAGCAUUCCAGACCCUGGACAGAUCAACGACGCUGCUGAACGCUGCGUUCGAGGACAGAUCUAUGGACCUCUUCGGACUGCUCGGGGACAAUCUCUACGAUCAAGGCGGUGAACUGACCCAGGACUUCUUCAGCCGCGUGUCGCUGAAUGUGAAACGUCGCUUCUGGCUGAUGGUCAACGGCAAUCACGACAAUUGGGUUUGCGGUUUCCCAAUGUGUGGCAGACCCCAAGAUGACUUCGGGAUUGGACAGAUGCAGUACUAUCCGAUGGAUUCAAUUGCUUCACAAGACAACCAGGUCUUUUCAUUCGAUAUUGAUCCUGAUCAACAUCGCCAGUGGAAUCGGUUUUUGAAUAAUGCCAGCAACUUUCUUUUCUACCACAAGCUUGGCAACGUUGGUUUCUUGGGAUAUACUGGAGCAGCUGAAUUUGAUGAAACCCUGCCACAUUUGCAAGCAGCUUGCGCAUACUUUGCAGAAGCGCAACCAGAGGUCAUUUUCCUGCUGGGGCACUGGAAUCACGAAGGUUUGGGCUGCAGCAAGCGGAUGUCUGUGCCGGAGAUCCGUGCUGCCCUCCUCCAGAUUCCCGGUUGCUCCGGCUUCGGCAGGCGUUUGAAAUACAUGGAUGGUCACAAACAUUGUAACUACAUCCAGGCGAAGGAUGAGGAGAGCAAUUAUGGUUUCAUGAUCGGUGGACACGGCAUGGCAGAUGUGAUGUGUGCACCACAGUAUGGUUUUGCCUACUUGGACACCACCAAUGAUCGGAUUCGCUUGUUCUACUUCGAAGUUAGUCACAGUGGAAUUGGAGGCCUGCUGGUGGGCACCGCUUUGGGUGUGCCACUUGGAGCUCUGCUGGGAGCCCUUCUGGGCAAGUGCAUCAGUGGCAUGAGUGCUGCAUGCCGCAAUCCUGGCAGCCGGCGGAAGUCUUUGGCAAUGCUGAGCUGUGGUGUACUGGGAGCUUUGCUCGGAGGAAUUGCGGGCUACUUGCUGGGGGUAUACUACUUGAGCCCGAUCUUCCCUUCUCAGGAUCGGUACCAUGACAUCUUGGGAUGUGUGCAAGCCAACGGUGGGCUUCACGGCUGCACUUACCUUGCACAGCAAUGGUUGAAUGAAGCUGUGGAGCCCUCCGAGCGGCUUUGGAUGUAA